GGUUGGAGCAAGUGUCAUGGCGCUAACUUCGGAUAUCGAUUUUGGUCCAGUGAGAUGCAGAUUAUUCUAUUGAUAGCAUUCCCAAUUUAUGUUCAACUUAAGUAAGAUAAAUAUUUAUAAUAUUAAUUUUUUUAUAUUUAUUAAUUUAUACUUAAAAAUUACUAUAUAGUAUUCGUAGAUAAACGUAUUUUUAUUGGGAGUGGUCAUUGCAUCUCAAUCCUAUAUAAAUUUGUAAAUAGUUUCGUUUAAAAUGCGAAUAUUGACGCUCGGUGUUCUUUUUAAUACUCUUCAUAUUAUAUACAGUAUUAUUUUGUCAUUUACUUCGAUUGUUUUCUAUACAAAAAGUAGAAUGACAGAAAAGAUUUAUAUUUCAUUUAGGUGUUGCUGGAUUGAAAAUUUUCGAAGCAAAUCCUGACACAAAAAGACUUUACGAUGACUUAUUAUCGAAUUAUAAUAGACUUAUACGACCUGUUAUGAACAAUACCGAAACCUUGACAGUUCAACUCGGUUUAAAAUUAUCACAAUUAAUUGAAAUGAAUUUAAAAAAUCAAGUGAUGACCACUAAUGUCUGGGUAGAACAGAGAUGGAAUGACUAUAAACUAAAAUGGAAUCCAGAAGAAUACGGUGGCGUGGAAAUGCUAUAUGUACCUUCCGAAAAUAUUUGGUUACCAGAUAUUGUCCUAUAUAAUAAUGCAGAUGGUAAUUAUGAAGUAACGCUUAUGACAAAAGCUACAUUAAAAUAUACUGGUGAUGUAUCUUGGAAACCGCCUGCAAUUUAUAAAUCAUCUUGUGAAAUUAAUGUAGAAUAUUUCCCAUUCGACGAACAAUCGUGUAUUAUGAAAUUCGGUUCAUGGACUUACAAUGGCGCUCAGGUAGAUUUAAAACAUAUGAAACAAGAAGCUGGUAGCAAUUUAGUUGCAAAAGGAAUAGAUUUGAGCGAUUUCUAUUUAUCAGUAGAAUGGGACAUUUUAGAAGUACCAGCAUCGAGAAAUGAAGAAUAUUAUCCAUGUUGUACAGAACCCUAUUCUGAUAUCACCUUUAAUAUUACAAUGCGAAGAAAAACAUUAUUUUAUACGGUUAAUUUAAUAAUUCCUUGCGUGGGUAUUACAUUCCUUACAGUACUCGUAUUUUAUCUACCAAGUGAUUCAGGUGAAAAAGUAUCAUUAUGUUCUUCCAUUCUUCUCUCACUGACAGUAUUUUUUUUAUUAUUAGCCGAAAUUAUUCCACCAACAUCUCUGGCUAUACCACUUUUAGGAAAAUAUUUACUAUUUACUAUGAUUUUAGUCACUUUGUCGAUAUGGAUUACUGUAUGUGUUUUAAAUGUCCAUUUUCGAUCUCCAUCUACACAUAAUAUGUCGCCAUGGGUUAGACAAGUAUUUUUAAAUUGGAUGCCGCGAAUUUUAAUGAUGCGUCGAACACCAUAUUCAACUCCAGAAUAUGAUGAUACAUAUAUGGAUAGCGGAUAUACUAAUGAAAUAGAUUUUAGUUUUCCUGAUAGCGUUAGUGAUUAUCCAUUGGAAUUGAAAGGAAGUCCUGAUGGAUUUGAAAGUGUUACCUCUCAAUAUAAAAAUAUACGAGAAGAUGAUGCUCGACAUAUUCCACAUGCAUCAGUCACCGAUAGUGAAAAUACAGUCCCAAGAUAUCUAUCUCCGGAUGUUAUCUCAGCUCUUAAAGGUGUGCGUUUUAUUGCUCAACAUAUAAAAAAUGCAGACAAAGAUAAUGAAGUUAUAGAAGAUUGGAAAUUCGUAGCUAUGGUUUUAGAUAGACUUUUUCUUUGGGUUUUUACAUUGGCAUGUACUGCAGGAACACUUGGCAUAAUAUUUCAAGCACCAAGUUUAUAUGAUACAAGAGAACCUGUGGACCAACAACUUUCUGGAAUAUCACCUCGCAAUUAUAUGUAUCCAAAUAUAGAAAUUUCUCCAGAAGGAUAAAUUUUGAAAUUCAUAAUAUAUAUAAUACGCGUAAAAAGACUAUAUAUAAUAUAAAAAUAUUAAAUCAUUAAUAUU